AGUGUCUGGGAGGGUCAGGGUGGCGCUGGGCCAGGGCUGCCCGCCCGGCUCACCUCUCCCUGGACCUGGGAGGGGUGAGGCACCGCCCGCGGGCCUGCCGAUGCCCCGCCCGCCCCCUCCAUGGCCCCGGCCCGGCGAGAGCUACAGCAUGAGAGCCGGUGCCGCCCCUCACGGCCGGUGGACGCGUGGCGAGCCGCGGCGGCCACUCGUGGGCACUGCAUGGGGACGCCGGGGGCCCGGCGACGCGCACGGCGCAGAGGCUGGGGACUACCCCGAAGCUCCUCUGCGCUGGCGGCAGUGGGACUACUGUGCACUGCGUUGACCGCCUGCAUCUGCUGGGGACAGCUGCCGCCGCUGCUGCCCUGGGCGUCCCCAGCCCCGCAACGCCCAGUGGGUGUGCUACUCUGGUGGGAACCCUUUGGGGGGCGCGGCGGCCACCCCAAGCCUCCCCCCGAUUGCAGCCUGCGCUUCAACAUCAGCGGCUGCCGCUUGCUCACCGACCGCGCGGCCUAUGGGGAGGCUCAAGCAGUGCUGUUCCACCACCGCGACCUGGUAAAGGGACCCCCCGACUGGCCCCCGCCCUGGGACGCUCAAGAACGCACGGAUGAGGCGCUGGGGCUACGCAUGUUCGAUAACCAGGAGGGAGCGGUGAUGCUAGCUGGCGAAGCCCUGGAGACCGCAGGCUCGCGUCCCCCAGGUCAGCGGUGGGUAUGGAUGAACUUCGAAUCGCCCUCCCAUACUCCAGGGCUGCGGGGCUUGGCUAAGGACCUCUUCAAUUGGACACUGUCCUACCGGACCGACUCGGAUAUCUUCGUGCCCUAUGGCUUCCUCUAUCCCAGGAGCCAUCCUGCUGACCAGCCGUCAGGCUUGGGCCCCACACUGGCCCGCAAGCGGGGACUGGUGGCCUGGGUUGUGAGCCACUGGAACGAGCGCCAGGCACGGGUCCGUUACUACCACCAGCUGAGUCGGCACGUGUCUGUGGAUGUGUUUGGCCGGGCGGGACCCGGGCAACCAGUGCCAGCCAUCGGACUGCUGCACACUGUGGCCCGCUACAAGUUUUACCUGGCCUUUGAGAACUCACAGCACGUGGAUUAUAUCACUGAGAAGCUGUGGCGGAAUGCCUUUCUGGCUGGGGCCGUGCCAGUGGUGCUCGGUCCAGAUCGUGCCAACUAUGAGCGCUUCGUGCCUCGUGGGGCCUUCAUCCAUGUGGACGACUUCCCUAGUGCUGCCUCCCUGGCUGCCUACCUGCUCUUUCUUGACCGAAACGUGGCUGUCUAUCGCCGCUACUUCCACUGGCGCCGGAGCUAUGCGGUGCACAUCACCUCUUUCUGGGAUGAGCCAUGGUGCCGGACAUGCCAAGCUGUGCAAAACUCUGGGGACCAGUCCAAGAGCAUCCACAACUUGGCAGACUGGUUCCAGCGAUGAGGCCAUUCUGCUGUGAAUUUACGUCUCCUUGGCUGAGUUUUCUAAAUACCCAAUUUUUCUUUAUGGGAAGAAGAUGAGUUACUAAUUAAUAUUAUUUAGCACAAGGAUGGGACAAUUGCCAGGCCUUCAAUAGCUUUUUUUUUUUUUUUACAGAGAGGUGAGCUGGCUAUCGAUCGGGUAAGGGACUGUGGUGCCCUGGGUGAAGGAAGCCCUUCCUUACCUGUCACCCAAGUGAAGAAGUGGCCUAUCCUUCUGGCCACAGGCCUUAUCAGGGGGCCCAUGUGGCCUCUACAUUUUAGAUGUAUUUGUUCUCUGGUCAUGGUUGCUUGGACCAAUGAGGAGCAGCCCACUGUGUUUUGAAAGCCAGUGGGUAGGAGAGAGUGGAAAGAUGUGCACACAGGUGGGGUUUUCUCUGGUGGUUGGAUUCCUCAAACCCUCUGAACCUGGAAAAGAUAAGAAGCCAUUGAGUUCCUUCACCAGCCGUGUGUGUCUCCAGCCCUGUGAAUAGAAACAAGAGGCAAGAUUAUCCUCAGAGGAAAAUUAAGAUGAAGACUUGGAUGUACCUCACUUCACACUAGAAUCCUACUCCUGAAAAGCUGCAUUUAAGUGACACCCCAAAUUCAGGGACCUAAGCGACUGAAAGUAUUUAGUAGAAAUAAAUGAAAAGUCCCUUUGCAAUGUGAACGACCAUCUUCUAAGUUUGUCUUCUGUCUUUAUAGUUUCCCAUAACCUAGAUUAGGAAAACAUUAAAAAUACAGAUAUGAAAGAACCACAGCCAAUUUCCUCGCUCUUUUCCAAGCCACUGUUUACAAAUGGAAGAGGCAUAAAUGGUGACGUCUUGUCUACAAUUUUGUUUAUUCUGUGUCUCUGCUGGACCUGAAAUUUAAACUGGAAUGUGAGUCCUUCAGCAGUGUUGGUAGUGCUAUGUGGAGAGACCAGUAAAGGAUUUUGGUGAACCGUGGGUCUGUGCAAAAGGAAAAGGAAGACAUUUGUGGUGUCUGUAUGUAGUUGUUCGGUUUCUGUCCAUUUUUUGUUCAGUGGAGCUGACCUAGUGCUUACAAUUAGUUGUCUGUUCUUUGUUCUCCCCCUACCCUGCUCCUAGGUACACUCACUCAUUCCAGUGCCUUGGUUCCUGCACUGUGGAACCAAUCUUGAAAACACAGUCAUUGAUUUCCAUGUUCAACAGAUGUCAGGGUAUACCAAAUAUUUGUGGUGCCAAAUACUAGGCUUGAGCUCCCAGGGGAAGGAAGGUAAAGAAAGGUGUGAGGAAUUGUCUCCUCUUUGGGGCUCCUACCAUCUACUAUUGCCUCAGGGGAAUAGGGAUUUUGGUUACACAAAGUAUUGUUUCUAAAUCAGCCAGUUGACUGAAGGCCUCAAGUUAUUAAACCAGGCCCCUCAGACACUGUUAUGGGCUGGGCCCAAGAUUAACUUGCUGUAUGCAAAGUUCUGCCGGUGUUGGGUCAGGACAGUUAUUUGAAUCUUUGAUCAGGUUUACAUCCAAGAGCUUUUGUUGCAUGUAGGCAGGCAAAGCUACUUAGGCCCAGGUGCUUCUAGUCCCUGUCUUCCAUAAAAGGAAUAAUUACAAGCUGUGAAUAUCAUCACCUCAUUAAAGUGUUACAGUGUAGGCAGAGCCACAGUUGCAGGACACUAGCCCCCAACAAAGGCAAAUAAAAGUUCUGGGGGUUUUGCUUGUUUACUUUGGUUUUCAGACAGGGUUUCUCUGUAUAGUCCUGUAACUCUCUUUGUAGACUAGGCUGGCCUUGAACUCAAGAGAUCCACCUGCCUCUGGCUUCCUUGGGCUGGGAUCGUAUGACUGCAGUGAUGCCCAGCUUAAAAGUUAUGAUUUUAAGAUGAAUAUUAAUGAAAUAUUGAGCAGGGGUCUUAUAGGAUUUGAUAAUCUGGGUUAGUUUUGCCUUCCACCUGGGGACUACUGGGAUGAGGAAUGAGUCUGAACAUAAAGUUCCUUUUCUGUGAAAUGUGGGAGGAUUUACUGUGUGAAGUAAGCGAUGCCGCCCCAUGUUUAGUGGGCAGUUGGCUUGCUAAGUAUGUGUCUCUAUAAGCAUAUUGCCUAUUUUUCUUUGUAGGAAUUUUAUAUACCUGCAUAUGUAUUUUACAUUUGAAAUUAAAUUUCAAGAUCUAUUAUAGAACAAAUUUUAAAAAAGGAAAGUUAGUCAUAUAUUAUGUAUUUCAAUAAAUCCUUAAA